AUGUACAUUAGAGUGUACGACAUCGGUGAGCCAGCUUGGUGCACCGACGUUGCCCUGCUGCCGCUCUUCAUCGAGCCCGAGUACCUUCGCCCCCUGCUUGACAUCGGCGGACCUGUCAACAGCACUCGCACCAGGCUUAUCGCAGACAAUGACGCCAUCAACGUUGCUGUGCUCGCUACCGGAGUCAUCAACCACGCACGUGAGCUUGGUGUCGAAGUCGACACGGUCGUCCGUGCACGCGUCGGUUCAAGGCAGUUCGACGUGCUCCUUCGCGUUGUGCGUGAGCGUCUGCGGUAG